AUGUCUACAAACCCACUCAUACCGCAUCCUCGAGCACCAAUGCGCCGACGCACGAUUCGGUGGCCAUCAGGAACAUCUGCUAGUACUCGGAUAGCAAAAAUCUUCUGUUGUUGUAGGAGGAGCACGGCUGUAAGUGAAGAACAAGCAUAUGAUGAACUACCUGGUUCCAGUGACGAGGGUCCGGACGAUCAACCAAGCGUCAAAAGUGAAGAAGAGGCAAAUGAUCAACCUGCUUCGAAGAGCGAUGAAUCGGAGGACGACGCAAGGUCUCACGAGGAUUCAGACAUCACUUUUUUCCCGGACUUUGAUGGAGCAUUCGUGGGCAGCAUCCCUGAACCUUCGAUGCCGUUGGAUGUCUCCAGCCAAGCCAUGAGACAACCCGAUAUCGAUGGUUCUCCAGAGGUGACGAGACAUGGCUUACCUUACCCGAGCUACGACAAAGCAACUCCAGUAAUAAAUUCUCUCAUGGAUGCGCAUUUUCCUACAGAUGCGCGUGUCUCGGAACAUAUAAAAUGGCUAUCAGCCUCAGAUCUAAACAAGCACUGCCUGAAUGCAGCGAAGGCAAACGCAGAAGCAAAUAACAAAAAGUCAAGAGAGAAACAAAGAGAAAGGGAUAAAGGAAAAGGGAUUGCUGGACUUGUUGGGAGUGGGUUGGAAGGGGGUAUUGCUGGCUUAAAUGUUAUACCACGUCCACUCGUAGGACAAACUAAUGCACCACUGCUGAAGAAAAAUGAGCCGCCCACGUCUCAGCAAAAAGGGGCAAAAUUGAACACCACGAUUCCACCAUGGAAGCCACUGCACAAUGCUGGACAAUCAACAGCGAAUGGAUUUUCAGGACCCCAAGUAGAGCCAAACGCGAUGCAAAAUCGGUCAGGAUCAGACUCAGUUCACAAUGAUAAGAUAGAACCGACAGCGACUACACCUUUGCUGCAAAACAAUAGGUCUAAGCAAGCGGAGCGUGUCGGGGAAUCCGCAGCUGGUCAUGAUGUGGGAUCGAAUUUCACAUGGACUAGCUCAUGGACUGAGACCUGGAGUGAAGAGGAAGAUCUUCCAGAGAAAUAUCGCAUUGGACCAAAUUUGCCCCCCUCGACGGGGAGCCCUUCGAGAAGCACUGAGGUGACUGGAUCUCCUGCGAUGCAGCAGCCUCUGACUGUAUUCAUCAUGCCAAUGAUUGAAUACAAUACCCCUCCAGAAGAAAUCUACCAUGAUCAAUUUAUACAGCCCUUUAAGAGAGAAUGUCCCCUGAAAGACAAGAGGGGAAAAUCUUUACACCACCCCCUACCUCAAGUCCCUUCCGGCCUGCGGCUAGUAAAGGAUGUCCCAGAAGAGCCAGCAGCUGACAAGGGACUUAGAUCUCACCCAAUGACUUGCCGAGGCAGACCAUUCCUUGAAGAGACGCUAUCAUGUGAUAGGAACGAAUUGCGUGUUUUUGCCGCCCACAAAAGCUUGCUCGCAGUUCAAGCACCUAAUACACAGUUGCAGAAAGCGUAUCAGAAUGGUUCCAUUCCUACUGUAAGUCAACGCAAACGUUGGGUACGUGAUUCGGCGGUAGCUUCCGAGGGAUCACAAACCAAAGACGCUAUUCAUGAGUUGUUCCCUGCUCGUUCCGCUGAGUGUGCUGGAGAGAAUGGUACGUGGCUGGGUCCUGGUCUCAAGAGGGAAGAUUCUGGGUAUAUUUCGGAUUAUGAAGAAUCAACUCCGCAACACGUUGAGUACGUCGGCGAACCUAGCUCCUCUAGACCCAGAUUUCAACUUGAAAGUGAUGAGUCGCCAGACUAUGAUCUGGAAGAACAGUUUCUCAGCGAAGCCGCAUUCUGGGAAACUUUGGAUCGCGAGGAGAAUGAAAGCGAAUUCAAUACUUCUAAAUCUGGAAAGUCACCACAACAUCAAGCUAGGGAGAAAGAUUCUCUGAAGCAUCCUGUUGGGGUAGCGGAGGAAGACGGAUCACCUGCAGGUGAACCUCCUUUCACUGGGAUCUUGCAAACCAUUGAACAUGCAGAGGCAUCUGAUACUCAAGAUGCACCACAACUCAGUGACGAUGUUACGACAAACGGCGGGAACAUCACAACCAUCUCCGUUGAAGUUGUGGAAUGUUCUUCUCCUGAAGGUUCCCCUGUUUUGCCUAAUGGAUGGAAUCCAUUUGACCCGGAUCUAGAUCUUUAUGAGGCCACACCAGCCAGGAGAGCCGGCCAUAAUUUCAUACCGUCAGAUGAUUUAGACAUUCUAUCUAACAGACCGGGCAGUCCUGACGAUUUAUCACUAAGCAGCGAUGAGAAUCUCAUACCAACGUGGCUCUUCUCGUCAGAUUCUGAGGGAUCCGUCAAUUCUGACCGUAAUCCUGUACUGUCACGCUUAUCGCCUGAUUCUGAAAGAGUUGAUACGUCUGAACGCACGCUAGAUCGUCUGUUCCGUGAAGUAGCCGAUGUUUACUCGGGGACUUCUUCGUCUGUAAAUAGUGAUGAACAGUCUCAUACUCCAGCCUUAUCGGAUUAUACUGGUGACACGCCUGUGUCUGCUACGGUAGCAGCUGAGGUUAAGGAAGAUCACGGCACUUCGGAUCUAGGUGAUACAUCAACUCUCAACACGGACCCAUUCACGGCUUAUCCGGGGGUUCUGAAGAUGUAUGCAAACCAGGAGAUUUCCCUGUUGGAAGAUUAUCCAGCUCUGUAUGCUGAUACGAUUCCGCUGGCAGCUUUGGUCUCUGAGGUCGAAAAUAAUUUGUCUGAGUACGCUACACCUGACAAUUCUCCUCCUGUAACCGAGGACUUUCUCGGGCUAUACCUUACUGGUGAUAAUCGUGAGCCUAAUGCCAUUGCUCACGAAGAACCAACAGAAUCAAGGUAUGAAGAUGGGGUUGCUGAUGAGGAAUAUCAUGAUGCCCUCAUGGUUCUACAAGCUCGCAUACACGGUCCUGAUGUGUCACUCGACGAGCAGAUGUUUAGUCAAACUAGGGUACCGUACGAAUUUGAUGACGAGAUUGUGAGUGAGGGUGAGUCUCGAUGGGAAAAAUACAUUGCAGAGAAGCCACUAGCGGAAUUUCCCGAUGAGUCGUGUUGCGUCUACUCUCCAGACAGUGAAGCUUCAAAAUCUGAUAUGCCUUCGCUAACAUCGUUGGAGUCUCGUGGAUUCAGUAGAACUCUGUCCGGAUCGACUAUUUGCUCUGAGAGUUCCAGCGCGUCAGUUUUAGAUCAUUGGGAGUAUGAGCGUUUAUCAUCCUGCCAGUCACCGAUACUUCAUCCUUCUCCGAUCUAUGGCUGGAUGGAUGAUCUUGGUGUCGCUAAAGGCUCCAAAGACGCGCACAUUAUUUCUCCUGGAUUCCAAAAAAGAGGAACCAGUAAAGCACAAUGGCCUACUUUCGAUGGAACCCGAUCAAAACUUCCGGAACCAGUUUCUCCGCCUAUUACUCCACCACCUGCAAAUUCAACAGCGUUCAAACCAGAUCCCACAUCACCGCCAUUCAUCCCUACGACUCCUUCUCCACAACUCAGCGACGCAAGUCAGUUUCUCUAUGAGCAGUGGAAAGCUGAACAUCUUAAACCUCAAGAGAGGAAGUUACAGGCGUUUAGGGAGAGGAUGAAGGAGGUUAGAGAGGAGUAUGAGAAGUUUGUUACUGCUGAUUGUGAGGAUGAGAUGGAUGGGUAUUGGAGCGAUGAUGAGUCCUUUUAUCCGGAAGGUGCGGCUGGGAAGCGUGGGUCGAGGUAG